CUGCAGCAGCGGGGGAGAAAAGGACAGACGAAACGGGCAGAAGUUGCCGUUAGGAUUGGAAUUACCCCAGUGGCCAGUAGACACCUAUGACUAUUUACCUCGAUGGCUGAGGCGCCAAGGCGACACGGCUCGCUCCCCCCACCUCGUCCUGGCCGCGGUGAGCGGCUCGGGGGCGGCCUAGCGCCCCUCUGCUGACAAGUAGUUGGAGGCCGCGGCGGCUGCGCGGUGAGCAGCUUCCUGCCAAACGACCCGAGCUUGCUUCUCUGCUGCGGGACAAGCGCUGUGGAGCCAGCCCUUGACUGUGCCUGUCGUUCACCGCAUCAGGAAAGCGGAUCCACGACUCUCGGUGAGGGAAUGGACCUGCAUGGGGUUGUACUCAUGAAGGAGAGGAGUGGGACUCGGAACCUCCAUGAGAGGUAAUGCUGAAAGGAGUAACAAGGCUCAUCUCCAGGGUCCAUAAGUUGGACCCUGGACAUGUUUUGUAUAUGGGGACCCAGGCACCCCAAAGCCUUGCUGCUCAUCUGGAUAACCAGGUUCCAGUUAAGAGUCCCAGAGCUAUUUCUCGCACCAGUGAGGAUGAUCCGGCCAAGCAUAGGGAGCAGCACGAGGGUCAGCACUACAACAUAUCCCUCCAGGAGCUGAAGACUGUCUUCCCCCAUGGCCUGCCUCCUCGCUUUGCAAUGCAGGUGAAGACAUUCAAUGAAGCUUGCCUGAUGGUAAGAAAACCAGCCCUAGAGCUUCUGCACUACCUAAAAAACACCAAUUUUGCUCAUCCAGCUGUACGAUAUGUUCUCUAUGGUGAGAAGGGAACAGGAAAAACUCUCAGUCUUUGCCAUAUUCUUCAUUUCUGUGCAAAACAGAACUGGCUGAUACUGCAUAUUCCAGAUGCUCAUAUUUGGGUCAAAAACUGCCGGGAUCUACUGCAGUCCAACUACAACAAACAGCGCUUUGAUCAACCUUUAGAGGCUUCAACCUGGCUGAAGAAUUUCAAAACUGCAAAUGAACAUUUCUUGAGUCAGAUAAAAGUUCAAGAGAAGUACGUCUGGAAUAAGCGAGAAAGCACUGAGAAGGGCCGUCCUCUGGGAGAAGUAGUGGAACAGGGCAUAAUGCGAGUGAGGAAUGCCACAGAUGCAGUUGGAAUUGUGCUCAAAGAGCUUAAAAGGCAAAGUUCUUUGGGUAUUUUUCACCUCCUGGUGGCAGUGGAUGGGGUCAAUGCUCUCUGGGGAAGGACCACGCUGAAGAGAGAAGAUAAAAGCCCAAUUGCCCCAGAAGAGCUAGCGCUUAUUCACAACCUGAGGAAAAUGGUGAAAAAUGACUGGCAAGGAGGUGCCAUUGUGUUGACUGUGAGCCAGACUGGUUCUCUCUUUAAGCCACGGAAUGCUUAUCUGCCCCAGGAGUUGCUGGGAAAGGAAGGAUUUGACGCUCUGGAUCCCUUUAUUCCCAUCCUGGUUUCCAACUACAACCCAAAGGAAUUUGAAAGUUGUAUUCAGUAUUAUUUGGAGAAUAACUGGCUUCAACAUGAAAAAGCUCAUACUGAAGAAGGGAAAAAGGAGCUGCUGUUCUUAAGUAAUAGGAAUCCCGGGCAGCUGGAGCGGCUCUGUGCCUACCUCUAAGCCAUGGUCACAACGUGCCUGGAAGACACCAGAGCUUUCUUUCAAUGGACACCCAGGCAGAUGGGGGAGUCCCACCGUACAUGAGAAGAGCAGCCAGGUGCCUGCGCUUACGGACCUGCAGUGGACGGGCCUGCAGUCAGCUGCCCACCUUUGUUGAAACAGAUUCCUUGUGAAGUGACUGUGAUGGUAAUAAGAUGUCCUAUUGUUCCUGAAACUAACACCAGUUUAUCAGAUGUGGUUUUCACAUUUUAAAUAAUCACGUAGCUUUUCCUAAAAAAUUAAAUUAAGUAUUUUUCUUAAAGUGCUGUGUUUUGUUUAUAAGAUGAAAAGAGCCUUCAGAUUGGCCAAAUUGAAUUUCUUUGACAUUCUGAUUGUUGAGGGUCUGAAGAAACUAAAUUCUACAGAAAUUUUCCUGGCUGUAUUCAAGUGAAGAGACUGAGAUUCACAGCUUAACUUCUCCCUCCCAGAUCAUUAACUUCCUAUUUACACUUUUAUCAGUGGUCCCUGAGAAAUUUCCUGAAACUCUAGCUGAGUCUGAUACAGCCGCUGUGUGUAGGUUCUCUUUUUUUUUUUUUUUUUUUUGUCUUUUUUGCCUUUUCUAGGGCCGCUCCCUUGGCAUAUGGAGGUUCCCAGGCUAGGGGUCUAAUUGGAGCUGUAGCCGCCUGCCUUCGCCAGAGCCACAGCAAUGGGGCAUCCUUUAACCCACUGAGUAAGGCCAGGGAUUGAACCUGCAACCUCAUGGUUCCUAGUUGGAUUCGUUAACCACUGCGCCACGACGGGAACUCCUGUGUGUAAGUUCUUAAAAGAAUUAACUACUAAACCCCUACAGCACACACUGUUUGUAAUAAAUUAAUAUAUCUUUAACCCAUAUAGAAUAGUGCCAUCUUUGUGAGAUUUGAGAAAAUAGGGACUCAGAUCAGUUUCAGUAGUUUAACUCCCUCACCAUGCCCCAGCUAGUGGUAAUAGAGUCAGAAAUUUGAAUGCUAGAUCGCUGCUUAUUACCUGUCUUAGCCUAUUUUCUUGUCUUUCACCUUAUCUCUGUUUCAUUUUAUGUAAUGGUAAUAAUAAUGCCAGACUUGCAGGGAUUUUGUUAAAUCACCUAAUAUAUGUAGAGUGCCCCACACAUAGUAGGUACCCAUUAAACUGCAUUUAUAACUUGGAUUUUAUAAUGCUUUACUUGAAACCUUACUAUGAGGGAGAGAAUUAGUGAAUGUAUAUCAACAUUUUUCAUUGGACAGCCAGCUGCUCCUACCCUUAAACCACCUUCUCAAGGAUUCCCUAUCAAGGAAUUCCCUGAUAGCUCAGUGGGUUAAGAAUCCAAUGUUACUGCUAUGGUGCCAGUUUGAUCCCUGGCCUGGCAACUUCUGCAUGCCAUGGGCACAGCCCCCCAAAAAGAAAAGGAUUCCCUAUCAAAAUCAAACCUCUACCCCACCUGGAUCCCGAGACAGUUUAGCUAGACCAGUGUUCUAGCAUCAGACUCAAAACUGUAGAGACUUAGUUUAGCGCUUGAAUUUGGAAAGCUUCUGUCUCUUUAAUAUGGUUCUGCUUCUCUGAUUGAACCCUGAUUGAUACACCUCUUGAUAUGGAGAGUCGGCCCUUUAGGUCUAUCUUUUCAAAUAGCUCCAACUCACUUCUUCCUCUCUGUCCUUCAUAACCCCAUCACUGCCUUCAUAACCCCAUCACUUCCAGUUUGAGUUACUAUAAUCAUUGGCUAAUGUGUUUCUCUGCUCCCAAAUACUCUUGGCUCCCCACUCCCAUCCGUCUUUCACAGGGCUGCCUAAGUGAGCUUUCCAAACACAGCAUAUCGGAGCUCUGGGCUCAGAGGGUGGCAAACCUGACUAGUAUCCAUGAGGAUGCAGGUUCAAUCUGUGGCCUCUCAGUGGGUUAAGGAUCUAGUGUUGCUACAAGCUGCAGCAUAGGUUGAGGAUGUGGCUCGGAUCCGGUGUGGCUGUGACUGGGGUAUAGGCUUACAGCUGCAAAUCCGAUUCCACCCCCCGGCCUGGGAACUUUCCACAUGCCACAGGUAUGGCCCUAAAAAGCAAAAAGUAAACAUAAACACAGCUUAUCAUGCAGUUCCCUUAAUGUCAUUCAUUAGCUUCAAUAUCCUUUUAUUCUAAUUGGUUUUGCCAUGUACCAAGUCCACACCAUACCAAAACACUUCAUGGAAAAAUCAGGCUCCUUUGUUUCCUCUCAGCUCCCUUUUCUAGAGCCAACUUCAGUUACCAAAUUCUAGAGAUACAAUUCUACACCAAAAAACACUCAUCAAUUUACUUAACUAUAAGACAUAACACCAUGAAAUUCCUCAAACAGAACACAGAAAAACAUUCUCUGACAUAAAUCAUAGCAGUGUUUUCUUAGGACAGUUUUCCAAAGCAAUAGAAAAGCAAAAAUAUAAUACAACAUUGUAAAUCAACUACAAUAAUUUUUUUUAUUUUUAUUCUUUUUGCCUUUUCUAGGGCCGCUCCCGCGGCAUAUCUAGGCUCCCAGGCUAAGGGUCAAAUCGGAGCCGUAGCCACUGGCCUACACCAGAGCCACAGCAACGCAGGAUCCAAGCCGCAUCUGCGACCUACACCACAGCUCACGGCAACGCCAGAUCCUCAACCCACUGAGCAAGGCCAGGGAUCGAACCCGCAACCUCAUGGUUCCUAGUCAGAUUCGUUAACCACUGCGCCACAACGGGAACUCCCUUUUUUUUAAUUUUUAAAAAAGAAAAGUAAAAAUAAAUAAAUAGGACCUAAUCAAACUCAAACAGCUUUUUGCACAGCAAAAGAAACCAUAAAAGACAGACUGCAUACAGGAGAAAAUAUUUGCAAAUGAUGUGAUCAACAAGACCUCAAUUUCUAAAAUAUAUAGACAGUUCAUAUAACUGAAUAACAACCCAAUCCAAAAAAUGGGCUGAAGACCUAAAUAGACAUCUCUCCAAAGAAGACAUACAGAUAGCCAACGAGCACAUGAAAACAUGCUCAACAUCGCUAAUUAGAGAAGUGCAAGUCAAAACUACAAUGAUGUACCCCCUCGUACUGGUCAGAAGAGCCACCAUUAAAAAGUCUACAAAUAAAUGCUGCAGAGGGUGUGAAGAAAUCAGAACCCUCCUGCACUACCGUUGGGAGUAAAUCUGUGCAGCCACUAUGGAAAACAGUAUGGAGGUUCCUUAAAAAAUAUACUGUAUUAUCCAGCAAUCCCACUCCUGGGCAUCUGUCCAGACAAAAUUCUUAAUUUGAAAAGAUACAUGCAUUCCAGUGUUCAUAGCAGCACUGUUUACAUUAAUUAGCCAAGACAUGGAAGCAACCUAAGGGUCCUUCAACAGAUUAAUGAAUAAAGAAGAUGUGAGAUAGAGAUAUACACAGUGGACUACUCUCAGCCCUAAAAAUGUCAUUCACAGCAACAUGGAUGGACCAAGAGAUUAUCAUACUAAAUGAAGUCAGAAAAAGACAAAUAUCAUAUGACAUAACGUCUAUGUGAAGUUCAAAAAAAUGAUACAAAUGAGCUUAUUUACAAAACAGAAAGACUCAAUAGCCAUACAAAACAAACUUAGGGACACCAAAGGAGAAAGGGGGGAAGAGGGAUAAAUUAUAGUUUUGGAUUAGCAGAUACAAACUACUGUAUAUAAACAGAUAAACAGCAAGGAAUUACUGUGUAACAACUAAAUUCAGUAUCUUGUAAUAAAUCAUAAUGGAAGAGAUUAUAUAACUGAGUCACUUAGCUGUAUACCAGAAACUAAUGCAACACUGUAAAUCAACUCUACUUCAAUAAAGUUUUUUUCAUAUUUUUUAUUUUUUUUAAAUGUAUACAUUCUUUUUUCUCAUAUUACAUGUUCCAUCAUAUGUGACUAGACGGAGUUCCCAGUGCUACACAGCAGAAUCCCAUUGCUAAUCCAUCUCGAAGGCAACAUUCUGCAUCUAACAUUUUUUUCAAAUACACAUCUUUUUAAGCACAAAAUUAUACUUACUCUCCUCUACCUUGGCGGCUUUCCACGUAUCUUGGAAAUUGUAUCUGUCGGGAGUUUUCCUUAUAAAUUUUGUGCUCACUGUAAGGAAUUUAAAAAGGAAUUAGGUAGCACAUAGAACCUCCCAGAGGGAUAGUGUCACAAGCUCAGUAGCCACAGAUAACAUCCCAGCCACAACAGGGGCAGGAGAGCUGUGAUAAAGUCACCAGUGUGACCACGGACAUGGACACUGCAGUCUGUGUUAAUGACAGUGGCAGGUAUCCUGCAGAUAACCCUGUGCUGCCACCCCCCAAAAAAAGCAAGAUAGAUGUUUACUGGCCAGGACCUGAAUCUGAAGCAAGCCUGAUCCUUAGUUGUAGGCUGGGAAACUGGCUUCCAUCCUUGGGAAGGCCAAGCUCCUAAUAUGCUUGAAAUAUUAAGUUGUGUGGCUCUACCAUUAUUAUAUACAAAGUCCUUACUGAAGAAUUGCUUCAUUACUUUUGCAAUUUGCUACAUAUGGAUUCUUAAUUUUUUCCAAAUACUCUAUCAUAAUCUUCCCUAUUGCAUCCCUUUCUUUUCCUUCCUCCCUCCCUCCCAGCUUCCUUCUUUCUUCUUUUUUUACAGCCACACCUGCAGCAUUUGGAAGUUCUUGGGCUAGGGGUUGAAUUGGAGCUGCAGCUGCAGGCCUACACGACAGCCAUAGCUACACCAGAUCUGAGCAGCCUUCGAUGCAAUUUGCAUCAAUGCCAGAUGCCAGAUCCUUAACCCACUGAAUGAGGCCAGGGAUCGAACCCACAUCUCAUGGACACUAUGUUGGGUUCUUAACCCGCUGAGUCACAGUCAGAACUCCCUCCCCACCCCACCCCCCUUUUUUUGGUCUUUUUGCCUUUUCUAGGGCCGCUCCCACAGCAUAUGAAGGUUCCCAGGCUAGGGGUCUAAUCGGAGCUGUAGCCGCUGGCCUACGCCAGAGCCACAGCAAUGCCGAAUCCGAGCUGCAUCUGCAACCUACACCACAGCUCAUGGCAAUGCCAGAUCUUUAACCCACUGAGCAAGGCCAGGGACCGAACCCACAACCUCAUGGUUCCCAGUCAGAUUCAUUAACCACUGAGCUAUGACGGGAACUCCUGUGAACUUCCCCCCUUUUAAGAUCCUUCUACUGCAGUCCUGCCGCAAUUUUUAUUGUCUUCCUGCUAAGCCUUCUGCACAGCUGAUAUCUUGGGGCUUUCAUCACCUAAGUGGACUGAAUCAGAAUGAAAAGAAGUGAAACUAUUUUCAGACAUAUUCCUGUAUAUAGAAAACCUUAAGAAAUCUCAAAAUUAUCUACUAGAACUAAGCACAAGUUCAGUAAGUCACAAUAAUACUACAAGAUUAACACACCAAAACCAAGUGUAUUUCUCUACACUAGCAAUGAAAAGCCCAAAAAUGAAAUUAAAGUCAAUUCUAAAAUAGCAAAAAAAUAAAAUACCUAGCAACUGAAUAAAAGAAGUGUAAGAUAUACAUCAAAAACUGUAAAACAUUACUGAGAAAAAUUUUUAAAGAUUUAAAUUAAUGGACAAAUAGUCCAUGGUCAUGGACUGUAAGUCUCAAUAGUAUUAAUUUGUUAAUUUCCCAAAAUUAGUUGAUACGUUCAGUGCAAUCAAUAUUAAAAUUUCAACACAUGGAAUUCUCCCUGUGGCACAGUGGGUUAAGAAACCAACUGCAGCAGCUCGGGUCACUGCAGAAGCCCAGGUUUGAUCCCUGGCCCAGCGUAGUGGGUUAAAGGAACCAGCAUUGCCGCAGUCAUGGCAUAGGUGGAAACUGCAGCUUAGAUUCAACCCCUGGCCUGGGAACUACUAUAUGUCUCAGCUGCGGCCAUAAAUAUUUUUUAACUAAAAAUGUCAGCAAGCUUUUUUGCAAAAAUUGACAACCGAGCCUAAAGUUUAUAUGGAAAUGAAACCAACCUGAUUUCUUAAAUAAGCAAAUUGAGUGGUUACCAGUAUAGGAAAGACAUUAGGUCAGUGGACCAAAAUUGAGUCCAGAAAUAAACCCUUAUAUUUAUGGGGAAUGGUUUGUCAACAAAGCUAUCAAUGUGUUUUAGUGGGGAAAAGAUACACUUCAACAAGUUGUGCUGGGGUAACUGGAUACAUGGAUACAUACAUGCCAAAAUAGGAAUUUUGAACCUUACCUCACAUCAGACACCCAAAGCAGAUUAUAAACCUAAGUGUAAGAAGUAUAAAACAUUUAAAUAAAAGCAUAAAAGGAAA